AUGGCCAGCGACAUCAUCACCUUCUGCAAUAAUUGGGAAGGGGAACUCUUUGGUAGCUCCAAGUCCCUGUCGUACAGCGUUAGCCGAUCAAAUUGUGAUCAGGAUGUGAUGGCUUACUCUUCGGUCCCAAUGAUAUCUGAGCCUUCGGAUCUAGGAGCUUCCAAUGAUGCAGCGAGUCUCUGGAGGGCGGUCAUUGGUAGUCCUCCCAUUGCCAGUACAAUCUCGCCACAGAAAGACGACCAGUUCCAGCUCGGCAGCCUCGCAUCUCCUGAAAGCUUAGAAGAUAAGCACUCGUUAAAGGUCUUUGGCAAGAUAAUGCAACCACCUGCAGCCAUGUUAAUGGGGGGCAUCAAGAAGUGGCGACACUUACAACAGUACCUGAUGAACUUGGCCUCUCAAAACGAUGUCGUAAUGAGUGCUUUGUUAGGUCUUGAUAAGCUUCUUGAGUGGGAUAGUAUUCCUGACUCGAUCACUACGAGAUGCGAUAUUCAAGACCAGGUACUAAAUUCAUUCAACACAACAACCUGCGCGAUUCAACGCGACCUUUCUCAAGUAGAAUGCACCAAGGCCAGCUCCAAGAUGGAUGAUUGGCUAGCGGCUAUAUUCCUAUUGGCCUGGACUCAUGUUCUUCGCGAUCGUGUUGAAUAUGAUAGCGGGUGUCUAUUCCCCACUGACCUUGCCGAUGCCAUUAUUACAUGCUCCCAUGACUGGAAUUGGUACUCAAGACAACUUCUCUCAUGGUUCAACUCCCUCGAUAGCAAAGCAUCUCAUUUGAGCGGUCCAACUCUUUUAUCAUCCACGGCCCUCCAAGUUGUUUCUCGGUAUCCCAUUCAGAUCAUCAGUUGCGACUACGAAGAGUCUAAAUACAGAAGAGAUUCGCUUGGAGAAGACGAAGACUUCCAAGUCCUCUCUCAAAGUCCGUUGUCCGAAGUUUCGGAACAUGGCGACAGUGGCAUCGUCGUCCCUGCAAGGAGUCCUUGUGACAUAAAAGAGAUCAUACUCCGCGCAAUUCUGCAGCCUGCUUCGGAGUGGUACUUGAAAACGCAAGCGUAUUGCCGCCAGAUCAGCUCCCUUGACAAACAUCACUGCAACCGGUUUACUCCAGACGCUGAGAUGAGAGUUUCUCUUGAGGGGAAACGAAUUCACAGCAAGCUCUGGGACUUGUGGGCGCAGUGUCCUUCCGUCAUAUCCUUGUCCACAGCUGAACUGUCGAUGUCAGUGGCUCCAGAUGUGGCCAUGAGGGUACGAGAGGUUUCCAACAUCUACCUAGCCAGCUUCUGGAUCUUAUUCGUUUAUCUUCAUCGCAUCUGUUGGUGGCAUCUUCCGCAUACUGAAGCGGUAACAGGCGCCCUAGAAAAGACAUGGGAGCACAUGAAGAACUCUUAUGGAGAGUCGGACGACAGAAUGCAAGAAAAGACAGUCCACCCUGCUCUAAUGUGGCCAGUCUUCAUUUUUGGAGCAGAAUGCAAGGCUUCGGAGCACCGCAGCUGGGCCAUCGAACAACUCAAGGCCUUGGGAAAGGCGAGACCAGUACUGAAAUCUGAGGCCCGGAGCCUAGAGAAUUUGCCGGCAUUUCGUAUAAGCCACGGAGCCACAAAGAAUGCGAAGCGGGCUGCGCUUUUGCUUGAGGCGCUUACUCGGAAACAAGAGGAAUCAAACUGCAGAGUCGAUGAGAGGGACCUGGCCAUGGACAUGUUUAAUUGUUAUUUUUCGAUAGUGUAA